AUGAAUCCACCUGGCUCUGCCGCAACAUUCCUUCUCCCAGCCUCGGAAGAUGAUAUACCAUCACUCAUACGCGUCCACAUGGCCGCCUUUUCGCAUGACAACUCGGCACGGCUCAUGUUCAAGAACAACGACGAGUACGAAAGCAUGCUGCUGGACAUGCUCAAGGCACAGUUUUCCAACCCCCAAUUCGCAGUGAUCAAGGCCAUCAGCAAAGGUACAGGCAACAUCCUGGGAUGGCAAGCAUGCCGCUUCCUUGACAAGGAUGAUCACUUGGAGAGCAAGGGAGGGAUUACGAGGGUCGAAGGAGUGAAAGGCGAGACGAAAGAUAAGAAAGAUGAUGGCCGCACUCUCCGCUCAGUGCUCAAGGAGGACUACGUCAGAGUCCAGAAGGAUUGGAUGGCCAACAGAAAGUACAUACAUUUCGACACGCUCGUCGUUGACCCAGCUGCGCAAGGUCAUGGCGUUGGCACUGCGUUGGUACGCUGGGUCACGGACAAGGCUGAUGAUCAUGGCUUGUAUUGCUGGCUGCAGUCUUCGCAAGCCGCUCAUGGCAUCUACCUGAAGGCAGCAUUCAAGGACGUCGGCAGCUUCGAGGUCGACCUUAGAGAGUUUGCUCCUGGUGGCAUGGAAGGGGGAUGGGGAUGGGGGAUGUAUAAAUUUAGGUACAUGUUGCGAUUGCCAGAAAGCUAA